AGAGGCCUUGCUCAGCGGCAGCUGCCGUCAUCCUCAGACGCGCUGGGGGCUGCUGGGGCUGCUGACUCCUCUGGUCCCUCUGACGGGCUGCAGGCUGCAUGUGGACACAUCAGACAGAUGGAUGCUGAGAUGAGAUAACGUCCUGCGUCUCCGCCGCAGCCGCUGCAGCAGGAAAAAGACGUGGGCACUGGAUCCCCACCGCCUCCCGUGUCGGAUUUACAUCCCAUUCCGUCUUUUUUUGAAGGACCAACGUUUUUGUUUCUGCACCCGGACCCUCUCCCUCUCUGACCGGCGGCUGGUGGUUGCUGUCCGUCCGGAGGUGAUGUGAGCUGAGGGCAGCGGGGGCCGCAGAGGGAGCUGUCCGCCUGGGAGGCGGUGCUGGCCGCACGGGAGCUGUCCGUGGUGCUGGAGCCGGAGCCGGAGCGGCCGUGACAGCAGCCAUGGCCGCCGGGAAGCUGCUGCUCUACGCCGGGCUGUGUCUGUCCCUGUCCGCCCUGGCCAUGCUGGCCGUGGCCAUGUGCUCCGACCACUGGUACGAGACCGACGCCCGCAGGUACCGGGAGCGCUGCCGGAGCUUCUCCAGCCGCCGCAACCUCUACAUCCCCAACAUCAGCCUGCCGCUGCGGGCCGGCCGCGGGCCGCUGCAGGCCGGCCCCGGUGGCCCCGGCGGUGGCCCCGGCCCCGGCAGUGGCCCCGGCACCGGCCCCGCCACCGGCACCGGCCGGGCCGACGCUGCCUCCCCCCGCCGGGGCCCGCUGGCCCGCAGCCGGCGGCAGCUGUUCGCCAUGAGCGCCGCGGACGAGUGCAGCCGCCACUACAACUCCACCAACAUGGGGCUGUGGAGGAGGUGCCACCGGCUGGGCUUCGACCAGGAGAUGGAAGACCUCAUCCGGAAAGGGUCCAUUGCGAGGUGUUCCUACAUCAAGUACCACUACUCCUCAGCCACGAUACCCAAGAACCUCUCGUACAACAUCACCAAGACGAUAAGGCAGGACGAAUGGCACUCCCUCCACCUGCGGAGAAUGACGGCCGGGUUCAUGGGCAUGGCCGUGGCCAUCAUCCUGUUCGGCUGGAUCAUCGGCCUGCUGGGCUGCUGCUGGGACCGGGGGCUCAUGCAGUACGUGGCCGGCCUGCUCUUCCUCAUGGGAGGAACCUUCUGCAUCAUCUCCCUGUGCACCUGCGUCGCCGGCAUCAACUUCGAGCUGUCCCGUUUCCCGCGCUACCUGUACAGCCUCCCCGACGACAUCGGCCACGGCUACGGCUGGUCCAUGUUCUGCGCCUGGGGCGGCCUGGGACUCACGCUCAUCGCCGGCUUCUUCUGCACCCUGGCCCCCUCCGUCCAGCCCAUCCCCAGAUCCACCUGCCCCAAGUCCCGGCAGGAGAACGGCACAUUCUGCUAAAGCCGGCGGCUUGAGACGACCGACGAAAGCAAAGCCGCCAGUUACCCAGAAACAUUCACUGUGUUCAUCCGUCUGCUCAUCUUUACCUUAUCCUGGUUACGGCUUUUUUUUAUUUGUGUGUGUGUGUUUAAAAUGGGUGUCUUGAUGAUCUGAUAUCUUGAAAAUACAAGAAAAAAACUGAAGAACUUAAGAAAUAUUAUUGAAAAGAAUCUCAAUCGUGCUUGUUUUGUCGUUGUGGAUGCAAAAGUGGACCGAAACGGGGGAAGGAUUUACAGGAGAAGCCAUGAACGUGAACUGGAGCCGCUGAGCUCACACAUGGCCGUAAACCCCAAGGUGGACGGGCAGCCGUGCGAUUAAACCAGGAGAACUGUGGAGAAAUCUGACUGUUGAAGUCUAGCCAACAUCUCAAGGACGUUUGGGUGAGAUAAGGAGACCACGUAAGGAACCGUUGGACUGGGGUUUGUUGAGUUUACGUCCAGGAACAAGCGGCCAGGACCUCUGUCGUUGUACAAACCUGUACAGAAUAUCCCAGAAUAGUAACAACCAGGAAUGGUCGUAUCGGACCAUCUUCAUCCGUGUGUAGGUUCAUCCCGUCUGAUGUUUUAUACAUGCACUUGUCUUUUAAUCUGAGGACAUUUUCAUUUGGACUAAACCCUCCAUGUUGUAAAUGAAGACUGAGUGUACGUUCAGAGAAAAUGUGUUUUUUUUUUCCCGUUUCAGUAAAACAGUCAUGUGCAAAAGUUAGCUCGCCCACUUUUAAUAAUACCUUUUUCAUUGAUUGAAAAACAUAAUAAAAAGUAUCUGAUCAUAGCGGAUCUUAGUUUAGAUAAAAACAACCGCGUAUGGAGAAGAAUUUAAAACGUAUAUA